GGCGGGCGCGAGUCCGGCAGGGCGCACUCCCUCACGCGCACUCGCGCCCCCUCCGGCGCCGGCCGCCGCUCGGCUCCCGGCAGUCCAGCGCUCCUCUCCGGCCGCCUCUGCCUCCACGAUGCGGGGCCGGGGCCGCGGCUGCUGCGGGGCGGCGGGGGCGCCGCCGCUGCUCCUGCUGCUCCUGGUCUCCGGGCUAUCGUGGUCCUCGCCGCCGCCCGCGGAUGUGGAUGAGUGUGCCAGAGGAAUCGAUGACUGCCAUGUAGAUGCCAUCUGCCAGAACACACGCACAUCCUAUAAAUGCUCUUGCAAGCCAGGCUACCAAGGGGAAGGCAAGCACUGUGAAGACAUUGAUGAAUGCGAUAAUGAAUUCAAUGGAGACUGUGUACAUGAAUGUUUUAACAUUCCAGGCAAUUAUCGCUGCACUUGUUAUGAUGGCUUCAUGUUGGCUCACGAUGGUCAUAAUUGUCUUGAUGUGAAUGAGUGCCUGUUCAACAAUGGUGGCUGCCAGCAUACAUGUGUCAAUACCAUGGGGAGCUAUGAGUGCCAGUGUAACGAGGGCUUUUUCCUGAGUGACAACCAACAUACGUGCAUUCACCAUGCAGAAGAAGGCUUAAACUGCCUGAAUAAGGAUCACAGCUGUGGCCACCUCUGCAAGAAGACCUUGGAGGGAGGAGUAACAUGUGACUGCAGGCCUGGUUUUGCACUAGCCAAGAACCAAAGGGAUUGUAUCUUGACAUGUAAUCAUGGAAAUGGCGGAUGUCAGCACAUAUGUGAUGAUACAGAUGAAGGACCUGAGUGUAGUUGCCACCCAAAGUACAAGUUACACACAGAUGGGAAAUCCUGCCUGGAGAAAGAGGAAUCUACCUUGGAGCUCAUGAAUAACAAUGUCACAUCACCGGUAGCUGAUGUUGACAAAAGAGUAAAACGGAGACUACUUAUGGAGACAUGUGCUGUAAACAAUGGAGGCUGUGACCGUACUUGUAAGGACACAUCGACCGGUGUUCACUGCAGUUGCCCCAUGGGAUUCACCCUCCAGUUUGAUGGGAAAACAUGUAAAGAUAUUGAUGAGUGUCAGACUGGUAAUGGAGGCUGUGAUCACUUUUGCAAAAACACUGUUGGCAGUUUUGAUUGCAGUUGCAAGAAAGGAUUUAAAUUAUUAACAGAUGAAAGGUCAUGUCAAGAUAUUGAUGAAUGCUCUUUUGAAAGGACCUGUGACCACAUGUGCAUUAAUCAUCCUGGAACCUUUGAGUGUGCUUGUAAUAAAGGAUACACCUUGUAUGGUUUCACACAUUGUGGAGACACUAAUGAGUGUAGCAUCAAUAAUGGAGGCUGCCAGCAGACUUGUGUGAACACCCUGGGAAGUUACGAGUGCCAGUGCCCCUCAGACCAUCAGCUCCACUGGAACAAGAAGGACUGUGUGGAAGUAAAGGGAUUCCUGCCUGGUAACAUAUCCCCCAAAGUGUCCAUGCGUUGUACUAAGAUUGAUGGAGUGGAUAAAUGCUUCCUAAACUGUCCCUCAGAUGUCCACCUCUCUCCAGGAUAUCAAGAUACCUACUCUGUUUCCUGUGGUACCUCUUCUCGUCUCAGGAGUCGGUUACGUAAAUCUAAUGAUUCUGCUUUAUUGGAUGUCGCCACUGUUAGGACCAGUGUCACCUUUAGGCUAAAUGAAGGCAAAUGUAGCUUGAAAAAGGCGGAGCUGCUUCCAGAAGACCUGCCAGGAAUGAUAUCAGAGAAGUACAGCUCAGUAAAAGAGGGCUUCCACUAUGUAAAUCUUACAUGUGGCUCUGGCAAGCAAGUCCCUGGAGCCUUUGGCAGACCAGCCUCAACUAAAGAAAUAUUUAUCAGUGUUGACUUUGAGCUCGAAGCAAACCAACAGGAGGUGACAGCAUCUUGUGAUCUGAGCUGUGUCCUGAAGAAGACAGAGAAGAAAUUACGUAAAGCUAUCCGCACACUUCGGAAAACAGUUCACCGUGAGCAGUUCCAUCUUCGUUUGUCAGGAAUGGAUUUUGAAGUGGCAAAAAAGUCCCCCAGAGUAUCUGAACACCUGGCAGAUUCCUGUGGCUUGGGACAAGAACACAGAAAGGGCAAAUGUGUCUCUUGCAGUGUUGGAACGUAUGAUGGAAGACAAGGGCAGUGCCUUUUAUGUCCAAAUGGGACAUACCAAGAUGAGGAAGGACAAAUAACAUGUAAACCAUGCCCAAACAUUGAGAAAGCUGGGAGCUCAAAGACUCUAGGAGCUCGCAACAUGUCUGAAUGUGGAGGUCAAUGCCUUCCUGGCGAAUAUUCUUCAAAUGGCUUUUCCCCAUGCCAGCCCUGCCCCCUGGGAACAUACCAGCCUGAAGUUGGCCGUACUUCCUGCUUUCCUUGUGCAAGAAGUUGGAGGGGAGAACUCACUACCAAACAUCCCGGUGCUACCACUUUCCAGGACUGCGAGGCCAAAGUUCAGUGUUCACCUGGACAUUUCUACAAUACUACAACCCACCGGUGUAUUCGUUGCUCAGCAGGAACAUACCAACCUGAAUUUGGAAAAAAUUAUUGUAUUUCCUGUCCAGGAAAUACCACCACUGACUUUGAUGGCUCCACAAAUGUCACCCAAUGUAAAAAUAGACAUUGUGGAGGGGAACUAGGAGAGUUCACGGGGUAUAUUGAAUCUCCAAACUACCCUGGGAAUUAUCCAGCCAACACUGAAUGUACUUGGACUAUCAAUCCUCCUCCUAAGCGCCGCAUUUUGAUUGUGGUUCCUGAGAUAUUUCUGCCAAUAGAGGAUGAAUGUGGAGACUACCUGGUGAUGCGGAAAACCUCUUCCUCCAACUCUGUGACAACCUAUGAAACCUGCCAAACAUAUGAACGUCCUAUAGCUUUCACCUCCAGAUCGAAGAAGUUGUGGAUUCAGUUUAAAUCUAAUGAAGGAAACAGUGCCAAAGGAUUCCAAGUCCCUUAUGUAACAUAUGAUGAGGACUACCAGGAGCUCAUUGAAGACAUAGUCCGAGAUGGCAGGUUAUAUGCAUCUGAAAAUCAUCAGGAAAUACUAAAGGAUAAGAAAUUAAUCAAGGCUUUGUUUGAUGUCCUGGCACAUCCACAAAAUUACUUCAAGUAUACAGCACAGGAGUCCAGAGAGAUGUUUCCAAGAUCAUUCAUCCGAUUACUACGAUCCAAAGUGUCCAGGUUUUUGAGACCUUACAAAUGACUCUUUCCUCAUCUUAACAGCUCCAAGUGCUCAUGCUCCAGACUGUGGAGUUUUCAAGGACAGAGCUGUGUCUGCCGCUUGCAUGCCAGGGGAAGGAGGGGCAUGGUGCCAGUAUUAAUGACUCUUUAGAGUUUAAUUUUUAUAGGUAAUUCAAAUAUUUUGAUAAACUGACUUGUAUUUUUCUUCCAAAAGAUCUUGUAUACAGUUGUAACUGGUCAUUGGUGUGCUGUAUCAGACAGUGCCAUCAGCGUUAGGCAGAGAGAAGCUUUCAAAAGGAACUGUGUCUAUUAUCCACAGAGCCUUCUCCUUGCUGCAAGUAGUGAUGUGGAAUAAGAAAGACUAAGGACCAGCUUCCCUGAAGCACGUUUCAGUCCCAUCACCAUAAAAAGCUAGCCUAUCAUUCAUGCUUCUCAUUCCUCACUAUUAGAAACUGCUGAAGGAACCUCCGAGUGACACUGGUGGCAAGUGGCAAGUGAAUUUCCUUGUCUGGAACCAGUCUGGUUCUGUUCAGGAGCUCAGCCAUUUCAUGUUCUCCUUACUGAGGAUAUGGAGACAGGUCUCAUCCAUUCAGAAUUCGGAGCAAAAGAUCCCCAAUGUUGGGUUUCAGGCAAUCAUUUUCCAGGUAAACUGGAAAGGACAUGUUUGGGUCAAUGAGUUCCAAGUUAUGUGACCUCAGGCCCAGGUAGUAGAGUUCUGAAAGAAUAUAAUAAAGAAUGUUUGAAGUGAAGAGAAUUAAAAUAAAAUGAUAAAAAAAAUUCUAUAAAAAUGUAAUAA